GUUGAAUUUCUCAGCUUCAAGGACAAUGAAGACUUUUUUCGCAUUUGUAGUCGCUGUUGUAGCAAGCCAAGCUAUGGCCCUGCCGAUACAGGAUGGAAAUGAUGAGUGCGCUGAUUGCAUCACUUUCAUUACUGAUCGCCAGGAGAUGGAACUCGAAUCGAUUGAAGAACAGGAAGCAAAAAUGAACAACGUCUGUUCUUCAAUGGAACCCAGCAAGGUGGAAGAGUGUAAGACAAAAGUGCAGAAAAUAUGCCAGAAGAAGAAGGACAAAGUCAACAGUCAGAGCCCUGAAGCCAUCUGUAAAGCCACCAAGUACUGCCCGUCGCUUGAUACCGCCAACAUGAACACACCUACAAACAAGGUUCAAGGGAGAAGGCGAUGCAAGGACUGCAAGAACUUUCUAAAAGACGUCAAAGAAAGGCAAAUGGUCACUGUUGCCUCUGUGAAGGAACUGAUCGAAACCAUGUUCUGUGAAAAGCUCAGCGAAGACCGUCAGGAACAGUGUGCUGACUUUCUAGAUGCAGCAAUCGAAAUGGAAAUCGAGCUACUAGAUUUGGUGAAUGUUAAAACGUCAUGCAAACUACUUGGUAUGUGUGGUGCCAACUAGUUGUAAGAUGCUGACAAUGCUGCCUCUCGAUCCUUCAUCGCCCACGAACAACGUCACGUGUAAAACAUUGUCAAUAAAACUUUGCAUUUGA